GUUUACAAUAUGGCGACCAAGAGCUAUCCGAAGUGGUUGCUGGAUUGUAAAGAAGAUAUCACAAAGUCAAAGGAAUGGAAUGCAUUUCUUCAUGAGCUCCAUGAUGCAAUUCAGCAGCAGCUUACAGAGAGCCAUGUUCAGUAUUUUACUGACCUCUCUGAAGCGGAAAAGGAACUCUUUAUGGAAAGGGCUACCAAGGCCAUUGAAGGAGGGUCAGUAUUUGCUGCCCUAUCGAGGAAAGUAUCUUCCAUGACAGACCAGCAUCUAAAUGAAGAUGUUGCGAAACAGCUGAUGGAUGACUUUCCGCUCUCAACAAAGUCUGACCUUGUUAUUGAUUCUGCAGAGGAAGGUGCUCUCAGUCUAUUACGUCGCUGGCCUGAGAUGAAGGCAAAGCUACAUGUCUGUUUUAAUCAACCUCUCCCAGAGGCAAUUAGACAGCUUGCCUGGAGACUGUACCUCAACAAUCCCAAGUUGAGGAAGGAGUAUAUAGAUAUUCUUAACAGAGAUCCUCGUGCUGCCAUAUCACCUGAUGACCUCGAGAUCUCUCAGAAAUGUGAGCAGUUGUUGGCAUCUGAGUCGACGUUUGCAGACAUCCAGGGAUCUGUUGGGGCAUUCUAUGCAAUGAAGGCAGUGUUGUCCUACCACCAUGCUCGACAGAAAACACAUAAGCGUUUACAGGAUACAGACCACUUUCUGGCAGUGCCGUUCGUACAAGUGGCCUCAAACACUCUGUCCAGACGUGAGCCUGCGUCUGGUCGUCUGGUUGCCCAGCUGGUGGAGGAGUUCCUCACGUACAUGGAGUCUCGGCCGGGAUUCAUGGUAGAUUCUGGUUCACAGGAACAUGCUGAUGAAGUGAAAGGAUUUAUCGAUAAGGUGUCCAAACAUUUACAGAAGUUGUAUCCUGAAGUGGGCAAAACAAUAGCCAAGAACUGUCUUCCAUCUAAAGAGAAAAUUGUGGCGACGGAGAAAGGCUCACAAGUGUUGCUGAUGGAAGGUCUGACGGAGUUGGUGCGGCCGCUGAUCAGGACCAUGUUUGUCGGUUACCUCAAGAUGGAUGCAUUACUGUAUGUGUGGGACCAGUACGUGAUCGGGCUGGACGCGGCAGGGUUUGCCACGGAAUGGCUGUCUGUUGUCACUGCCACGCUGCUGGGCUUAAUGGCGGAUAAACUGAAGGAGGCCAAAUCGUCCACAUCCAUGGCAAAUGCUCUGAUAAAGGAAUGUCCAAGGCUGACUGUUGCACAGCUCCAGUAUGAGGUAAAGAAGCAUCACUACAAGGAGCUGUACCCCAUGUUAACACGAAACCAGAAGGCAGCCAUGCCUGUCCUUGACCCAACACAAGCGGAACACCCACCAUGGCGCCACUGGUACAAUGACCUGGUCCCUCCCUACACCAAGCCCCAGGACAGACGGAAGGCCAGGGAGGAACGGGAGGCUGAGAGGGAGAGGUUGCUACAGCAGCAGAGAGAUGCUGAACAGGCCAAAAAAGGACAUGGAGGAGAGGGAGAGGAGGAUGAGGAUGAGUUUAUGCGAGCUGCUGCAGCUGAAAGAACGCGAGUGGAGCAGGAACGCAUUCAGCUGGAGGAGCAGCUGUUUGAGGAGAGACGUCAGCGCAUGGAUGGUGAGCGGCAGGCCCAGGACGAGAUCGAGAGGCUGAAGAUGGAGAUGGAGGCCCUCAAGAGACAACAGAAGCCUAAAUCUCCUGCACCUUCCAUGUACAGUAUUGGAUCAUACAUGAGUCGAGUCUUACUACCUCCCCCACCGACUCCUGCCUCCCAUGUGUCUUCCCUUCCCGUCAUACAUGAGGUCUCCCCCCGCACCCCAUCUCGCCAGUUGACCCCCGCAGGGCAUGGGGAGAAGGCGGUGAUCGACUUCUUGACCAAGGUCAAACGGAGCAUGAACAGGAUUGCCCAUGGCGAGGGAGAUGAGGGUCAAGAGCUGGAUGAGGAGACGGAAGGCUACAUCAGACAGAAUGUGGACGACCUCAAGAGAGCUCAGAUGGAGGUGUUUGGUCACCGGCUCAAUGCUGGAGAGUUUGAGCACAUGAAUCCACAAAAACAGCAGGAGUCCAGUGACAAGAUGAUGAAACUCAUACAGAAAUGGAGGGAGGACCGACGGGCCCGAGAGCUGGGGGGUGCCUCGGUAGGGGUGCCUCUGUGGUUAGGGGCCCAAGAGCUAGGGGUAUGGGAGCUAGGGAUGCCUCUGUAG